AUGAACAACAGCAGUAAAGAUGCCGUUGUUGGGACCGAGGAUGACCUGCCCGUACCGCCGCCGCGAACGGUGUCCAUGGCCAUGCGCGCCAAGCCCUCGCGCCCCCCGCUAACUCAGACGCCACUUGUGGCAGCCGCGCGAGCACGCGCCCUGACCAGCUUGCGCGAUGCCCCACCUCCACCCCUGCAAGCGCCCAUUUCAACCAACCGCUCAUCUGGAUCUGGUUACGAGGUUCCUAGUGCCUUGCGCCAGCUCGGCACGGACAAUAGCAGCCCCUAUGCCGAGUUUCGUGGCACCCCGGGUACUCCCAGUCGUGUGCGCUCUAUCACCGUGGGCCAUUUUGAGUUUGAGCAGCUGCCCCCUCAAGUUCGCUUAGUUAGCACAGCAUCGUUCAGCAAAAAGUCGGCGGCCAGCACCGACGCCAACGGCGCUACCCCAGCUGCUGGCGCAAACGAGUCGGCAACAGAGUCCAACACUGAUGCUGCUCCUGCGAGUAACCCGGUCGUGACCGUCUCCGACCUCGCCGACGAUGAGGAACUUAUCCCAGAAACGAACACCGACGCGCACAACUUUAGCAAUCAAGGUCAAUACCUCGCUGAGGAGCGCCGCCUCAGUGCCCUGCGUGCCUCCGUCCACAUUGAUGAUGAGGAGCUUCUCGCACUUCGCCGCCUCUUCGCUGGACUCAACCUGGAGGACCCGGAGACCGAUGACGAUCCACCUGCCUCCUCCGAUCCGUCCCACGCAGCGCCGGACAGCGAGGAUAGCGAUGAUGAGCGGCAACGUUCCAUGCCCCCUUAUUCAAAGCCCAAGCGCCGACAUGAGCGCGUGAUGGACCACGAGUACGAGGCCCCGCGCCCCGCGGAAGUGGAUUUGAAGUCCGCCGAUGCCAAUGCUGAUGCCCUAAGCGAGGACAGCCAUCACUACAGCAUCAUCGAUUCCGUAACCGAUUCAAAUCUCAAGCUUCACGAUCCUGAUCGCCCACUUCCGGCCCUCCCUGACCCUGAGCUGGGCGACAAAACGUCCUCCCUGGGCUCGGAGUUUCGCCAUCGUACUGCGGUCCUGGCAGGCCAACUUCGCAGCAGCGCACGUGCCUCGCUGCGGCAGCGAGCAGCAACAACAAGCACUCACCAAUAUGACUUUAUCGACAGCAGCUGCUCAGAUAUUUCCUCGGUCUUGGCGCGCCCACGAGGCGCGGCCCGCAGCAAAAAACACCGAACCUCCUUGUUGGUAUCAGACAUUGGCAUUCGCACCCUCACUGUCUCCAUGUGUGUGUGUGUGUGUGUGUGUGUGUGUGUGUGUGUGUGUGUGUGUGUGUGUGUGUGUGUUGUGGCCUCAGCGAGCCCUAUGGGCCACGGUUCACAGCUCAAGCCUGCCCAGUCCGAUCCAAACGGCCUCCAGCAAAGGUUGUCCGUGUGCGUAGACGAUUGGCUGCAGGAACAGGCUUUCGAGCCAAACUCGGCGGAAAAGCGCAAAUCCAUCAUGCGGCCCAUUCCUCGCACGCUCUUGCGCCUUGGCACCGGAGAAACCCAACCCAAGUUUUGCAGCACUUAUACCAACGAGCAACUUUCCACUGACGCUGUCGAGAAGUGCGGACCGAUAUUUCACCGAGCCAUUGGUCAUGUGUGGCGGAACCGCUGGGCCGUGCUCCGCGGCAACUACCUCUACAUUUACCAAUCUGAGCGCAACAGGGGACUGAUUAAGCGCUUUGAACUAUCGGAUGCACUCAAGAUUUGUCGAAUGCGCACGCCCACGCACGCGCAUGCCGUGCGCUUUUUCACUCUCAACGAUUCGGUUGCACUUGCGCUUCGAACCGGUCCUGAGCUCGAGGCUUGGAUCACCGCUGUGAGUGGUGCCUCCAACCACAACAGCACGACCGCGCGCCAACUCGGGAAAAUCUACGGCUGGGCUAACAAGACAGUCCAUGGUCGCGUUCGACGGCGCUACCUGACAUUGAUUGGCUGCAACAUUUUUUACGCGACGAAAGAACGCGGCAAGCCGGCAGGUUUCAUCAAUCUAGCCGAAUGUGGUCUGCGCGUGUACGGCUCGGAGGACCUUUCAGAUGACGAGGGCAGUGAAUGUAUGCCUCAGGCCGUGGCCCACUUGUCCCUUUUUCGACCCAAAUUUCUUCCAAAUGGGCGCAAAACCAUAGAAGAAAUCAUCCUUUCCUUUAGCGAUAACACUCAGCGUGACCGGUGGGCCCACUUUAUUGCACUUGCAAUUGGCCAGGUGGCCGAAGAGGUGGCCACUCGUUUUGAAACAGUUACGGCGGCGAUAUUGACGCAUAAAACCUCCACCACCGAGUUGCGAGCCCGCAUGACCAACGCGGCAUUGGUGGGGAUUGAUGGCACGUUGCGAACGACCAUGCCCUCCGAGCAAAGCCGAGUUGACGCCGAAAAGCUGGUGGCGGAAACCCUGCUGUUUAUUGGCACGAAACAACAGCCCAAUGGCAUUGUCUACCACAUCAAGAUGGCCCAGAAUCUGAUUGGGCAAGUUCUGCAACAAUCCGAACUGCUUGAGGAGCUAUAUGCCCAGCUCGUGUGUGCCACCAACAGCACGGAUGGUUUACAUACCGGGUUUCAGGCAACGCAGGCAUGGCAGCUCCUUGCUUUGCUCUGUGGCUGUGUUCUACCCUCGAAGAAUAUGAGCAAGUUCUUGCACAUGUAUCUGUCCUUGCACGCACAAGGAGCCAUUAUUGCAAGCAGUGGUGCUCCGAUAGCCACGGGACAGGCGGUAUUGACAGGCGAAGACGUUGAAUCCUGGGCGCACUUCUGUCUGCAUGGUCUCAAGCGCUUGCUGGAAAACGGCGACCGGCAAGAGCGCCCGAGCUUUGCUGAGAUCGAAAGCGUGCUGCUGCGUCACCCAGGUCGCUUCAGCCAUCCCAUCAGCAUCCCCAUUUUCUUGAGCAAUGCCAAUCACAUGCUGCUGGGCAUUGACUUUUCCACGACAGUUGAUGAAGCGCUUCUUCAGAUUUGUCUCGAACUUGGCAUCCGACCACCUCGCAAGAGCGGAUUUGCCAUCCUGGUUAGCGAUCCCCAAUACCCAGAUGAAGGAGUCUAUCAUUCCACCCGCGGCGCUGACAAGCUGUGCGAUUUACUGUCUCGUUGGGAGCGCAUGCAUAGCCAUUUUGCGCAAGGGCACGUCAAGGCCCGGGUGCCAACAUUUUUAUUGCAGCGACGUCUUUGGUUUAGCCGAGCAGCCGGCGAUGAGACGCUUGUCGAGGCCGUCUUGGUGUCCUAUCAACUUGGCAUACAGUUGAAGGGUACCGGUAUGCGCUUGAGACCAGCGGAUCAGGCGGAAGUUCUGGCGCGCCUGGCACAGCUAGAGUGCGGUGAUCUAGUGGACUUUGAGCAAGAAUGCCCUGGGCAAUUGCUCGAGGCGCUCGAAGGAUUCUGGCCACAGGAUGCUGGCAAGGGCAUGCAAGAGGAUGUGCGUCGAUGCUGGCAGGCAUUGCAUAAUACGGAUGCCGAGACUCUGGCGCGGGGCAUUUUGACGAUCGUGGCGGCAAGUCCAAUGUAUGGCGUGACCAUCUUUCCCGUGAAGCCAAUGGGCGUGCCCACUUUUAUCAAGGGCAUGGUCAAAUAUUUGUCCAUCUCGGAGCAACAAAUUGCGAUUUUGACGGCGGGCUACGAGCUCCUGCACCUGAUUCCUCUGGCUAAACUGCGUCACUUUGGUUCCGUGGGCGGACCAUUCUGUUUGGUGUUCCAAUAUGAGGGAGAGGAUUCUGCCUUGCUGGUCGAGGCGCCGCAACAGAGCGAGAUGACCUUGCUUAUUGCCUCAUACAUCAAUGCCAUUGUGCAGCGUGAAGGCAUUACCUGCCAGGUGGCGCAUGUGGUCCAAACGACAGUGGAUGCCGAAAGCGGCAUCUAGGCCGCGCUGCCGGUUGACACUAACAUAAACAAUGUCUUCCAACUUUGACCGCCCUCAUUCAAUGUUUGAACAUUCUUAAUUUCUCCACAUUCUUAUUCCAACAUCGGCAUCUUCUUUUCAUCUUUGCUGGCUGCUUCUAGAAAUGGGGCGCCACCGAAUUCAAGAAAAAGUG